AUGAAGAUGCACGAGCUACGAUAUCUAAUUAUUACUUUGAGCUUGUUCCUAACUGUGGGAAAUGUCAAGUCCUUUUGCCAGAUCACACAGGCUGAAACAUGGACCGAUCGACUUUUUGUCCACAUUGUUAACAAUCGCUACGAGCUCUUGCUCACGGAUUAAUUGCAACCAAAUCAGCAAAUAAGUUUGCUGUGCGAUGGUAAUGCGCAGGUGUUCACCUCCACCUGUCGGAAUAAUGGCCAGUUCUCUCCACCAUUGCCCAGGACGAACUGCUCAAAGGCAAUCCCGCCUUCCGUUGUUCCAACUUCGAGUAAUAUCUGUCCACACACCAUGUAUUUGGUUGGUUUCAAAUACGGAAAUACGUUCAUGGAGCUCUAUCGCAGCUGCUACGACGCGAGAACCAUGAAGGCGUAUUUCUCCAUCAACACGGUCUACCCCACCAAUUUAAAGUCAGAUCGGCCGCCAACAGUGUUCGAUAAGGAUGGGAUCAUAACUCCUGCAGAUGAGGCUACCUUUCAGAUGAAUAGUAUCUACAAUCGAUUUGAGUAUCUUUUUGGAUCUGGACAAACAUAUGUGCCUUCUUCCAGAAGUCUUUCCUUUGAUCGUGGUCACCUUACACCGGUUGCCGACUACAGCUUCCCAAAAAUCCUAAGACAAACCAACAAGUACUUGAAUGUCGUUCCCCAGUACUACAAUAUUAAUCGCAGCAAUUGGAAGAUAGUUGAGAAUUGGGUUCGAGGACAAAAGGAUGUGCUAAAUGUCUGCACAGGGGCAUUGGGUGUUCUUGAUUUGUUGAACAGAAGCCAAAAAUCUGUUUCGAUUUACCUAGCACCGAACAAAAAUCCCGUUCCCAGAUGGACAUACAAAAUCAUUAGGAGCCUAACCACCGGCAUCAAGUACGUGAUAUUGACCUCCAACAAUGGGUGGGAAACCCAACAACCAAACCCAGCAUCAGUCUGCAAAGUUACUGCCUGCCCCAGAACUUUGAAUCCAACCGGAACUGGAUACACCUUCUGCUGUGAUCCAAUUGACUUUAUCAGAAGAAACGUUCCUAAUUUGGCAGGUGUGUGCUGGGAUAAUACCGAAAAUGUGUAGA